AUGAAGAUAGCCUUUCAUCUCCUCUUCCCCUCUGUCUCCAUAACGAACGUGGUCACGCACACACCAGUAACCACACACACCAACCAGCCUGGCAACGGGAGCGCCCAUGCCCUCAAGAAGCGCGAGUUCCUGAGCAAACGGGCGGACGAGGCAGCCCAGCGGUCCAGCCCAGGAGAGAAUAGAGAUGGUGGUGCGGCGUGCGGCGUGCGGCGUGCCACCUUUCCAUCCACGGGAAGGGCUUGCCGCUUCGGCCCUCUUGCUAAAAACGAUCCCAGGCGCAAUAAGGCGCCGCAACGGCGUGGUUGA